GACUCUAGAUCUGUAACAAGAAAUUUCAGCUCUAAAACUUAGUUAACAGAAGAUUUCUGCUAUCAUUUACUUUGCUGGCAUGAAUCAAUAUUAAUUUUAUGUUUCAUUCAUAGCCUCCACAACUUAAAUUGCAGAUUGUGGAGACGAGUUCUAUCUAGAGGAGAUUAUGACCAUGAUUGUGGAGCAGGUCUUUUCAAUGAUGGGAGGUAGCGGAGAGAACAGCUACGCUAAAAACUCCAGGCUUCAAGAGAAGGCAGUGAUUAUGACAAAACCAUUAGUGGAAGAAGCCGUAAGAGAAAUAUGUAAAACUCUCCCAGAAAAGCUUGUUGUGGCAGACUUGGGAUGCUCCUCUGGUCCCAACACAUUACUCCUGCUCUCUCAGAUCAUCAAUACUGUGGAUGAGUAUUGCUGUAGCUUGAGCCGGCAAAAGCCUGAGAUCCAAUUUUAUCUUAAUGAUCUUCCUGACAAUGACUUCAACACUAUGUUCCAAUUAUCGGUGCAAUAUCAGAAGAAAUUUAGAGAAGAGAAAGGGGAUAAGUAUGAACCAUUCUAUGUUGUUGGAUCCCCUGGUUCGUUUUAUAAAAGGUUAUUUCCUUCAAAAAGUGUGCAGCUUUUCCACUCCUCAUACAGCCUCAUGUGGUUAUCUCAGGUACCUAAAGGGCUAAAGGAUGAAGCCUUUGACCACUUUAAUAGGACUGCCAUAUAUAUCAAUAAUGAAAGCUCUUCAAUCUUGUCGCAUUUGUACUUAGAACAAUUUAAAACAGACUUCUCGGAUUUCCUCAAAUCCCGUUCUAAGGAGCUUAUUUCUGGAGGGAGCAUGAUCUUAUCAUUUUUGGGAAGAAGUGACAUUCAAUCUAGCGGUGAAUUAAUAUACUUAUGGGGACUUCUUGCUGAAGCACUAAGUGCAAUGGUUUCUGAGGGACUAGUGGAAGAAGAUAAACUAAAAGACUUUAAUUUACCAAUCUAUGCACCAUUGAUGGAAGAAGUGAGAUCUAUCAUCACUAUGGAAGGAUCAUUUCAUCUUAAACAAGCACAAUCUUUUGAGUCAAAUUGGGAUCCUUUUGAUGAAUCAUAUGAAAAUUUUGUGGAAGACAAAAGCUCGAGUGGAAGAAACGUUGCAAAAUACAUAAGAGCAGUGGUAGGACCUCUAGCAGCAUCUCAUUUUGGAGAUGACAUUUUAGAAGAUUUAUUUUCACGUUAUGCGAAAAAUGUUUCAAGGCACAUGUAUAAUGGGAAACCAAAGUACACUGUAUUCAUUCUUGUUUUGAAAUUAAAAGGUGAAGUGCAAGCACAUCGUGGAUGCAAAUAAAUGCAAUAUAUAAGUGAAGAUGGUUUGGUGAGCAAUCUUAAUGCUUCAGAGUAGAACAAAAUAAAAUUUAUUGUUCUCCCAAGCAAAUAAUGAUUUGAUUGUCAAACUUUAAAAGAAGAAUAAAUGGAAACAUAUACCCCUUACUAUUCUCAUGUAUCCAUCAUCCUCAACUUGGAAUAAAAUAAAUGUUUUCUUU